CCGAGGAGAUCGCCAUCAGUUGGCCGCGGAUCACCGCCUUCGCCGAAUCGCACCGGAGACGCGGCCUCGGCGCCGUUUCUUCUCCCACAGCCGCCGACUCCGAGGCCGAGCAGCCCCGCCCCUCCCCCCCUCCGGCCCCGCCCCCUCCUCCUCCGCGAGGGGCGGGGCCGGAAGGGGCGGGGCCGGAAGGGGCGGGGCCGGAAGGGGCGGGGCUGCGGCGGGCCGGCAAGGAUUCAGGCGCCGUCACCGCCAUCAUCCCCGACGAGACCCCAACCCCUCCAACCACCCAAGCCCCUCCCCAACCUCCCCCCCGACCAACCCGACCCUGCCCCCUCCCCAAAACCCCCAAACCCCUCAAACCCCUCCGGAAUCUGCUCGGAAUGCGGCCCCGACCCCACGGAACCCCGGCGCUGCUCCGGGCGCUGCCGGCUGCACGCCGAGGCGCAGAAACGGCACCGCUGCUCCGACUGCGGCAAAGGCUUCAGCCGCGGCUCCAACCUGGCGCAGCACCGGCGCAUCCACACCGGCGAGCGGCCGCACCGCUGCGGCGACUGCGGCAAAGGCUUCAUCCAGCGCUCCGACCUGGAGCGGCACCGGCGCGUCCACACCGGCGAGCGGCCGUAUUCCUGCGGCGAGUGCGGUAAGAGUUUUAGUGUGAGUUCCCAUUUGGAUCGGCACCGCCGCGUUCACGCCGGCGGGCCGGGCCCGCCAGAACCAAGCGGCAAAACCAAAACCGAGACAACGACGACGGCGACAACGACGACGGAAUCGGCGCCGUUCCGCUGCCAGGAUUGCGGCAAAACCUUCGCCCAGCGCUCGGCGCUGGCCAAGCACCGCAAGACGCACGGGGGCGAGCGGCCGCACCGCUGCGGCGACUGCGGCAAGAGCUUCAGCCGCGGCUCCAACCUGACGCAGCACCGGCGCAUCCACACCGGCGAGCGCCCCUUCGCCUGCGGCCACUGCGGCAAAGGCUUCAUCCAGCGCUCCGACCUGGAGCGGCACCAGCGCGUGCACACCGGCGAGCGGCCGUAUUCCUGCGGCGAGUGCGGUAAGAGUUUUAGCGUCAGCUCCCAUUUGGAUCGGCACCGGAAAAUCCACGCGGCCGAACGCGCCUCCUACCGGUGCCCCGAGCACCUGGCCGGGUUUUUGGCGCAGCACCGGCACGGGAGGUUGUUCCAGUGCGGGCAGUGCGGGCGGUGUUUCGGUCAAGGCGCGGCGUUGUUGAAGCAUCAGCGCUCUCACGGUGGCGGCACUGGUGGUGUUGGCGAAUCGACGUCGCCGAAAUGUUUGGAUUGCGGGAAAAGCCGGGGGUUGUGCCAGGAUUGCGGGCGCCAACCGGAAGAACCAUCAUCGGCGGUGGUGCCGGAGAAGCCGUACAAAUGCCAGGAAUGCGGGAAAGGCUUCGGGCAGCGCUCGGCCUUGGUGAAGCACCGGCGCAUCCACACCGGCGAGAAACCCUACAAGUGCCAGGAUUGCGCCAAGGGCUUCAUCCAAAAAUCCGACCUCACCAUCCACCGGCGCAUGCACACCGGCGAGAAACCGUACGAGUGCCGGGAAUGCGGGAAAUGCUUCAGCGUCUCCUCCAACCUCCUGACGCACCAGAGGACCCAUCUUGGCGAAAAACCCUUCCAGUGCCCCGAGUGCGGCAAGAGCUUCAUCCAGCGCUCCGAGCUCACCAUCCACCGGCGCGUCCACACCGGCGAGAAACCCUACGGGUGCGGCGAGUGCGGGAAGCGCUUCAGCCGCAGCUCGCACCUCAACCGGCACCGCCGCACCCACGGCAAGGCCGGCGCGGCCGCCGCCUCUUCAUCGUCAUCGUCAUCGUCAUCCUCGUCCUUCUCGUCUUUCUCGCCUUCGUUGUCGGCGUCGUCUUCAUCUUCCUCGGCGUUCCCGGCGUUCCCGGGCUCCUCGGCGCCGUUGGAGCUGCCCUGGGCGUUGGCGUUGCCGGGCCGGGCGUUCCCGGGGUUCCCGGUGGGGAAUUAAUGAAUUAAUUAGUUAAUUAAAGGGAGGUGGUUAAUUAAAAGUGGGGAGGGGGG